GGACUCAAUUCAGACUCAUAAACCCCUUCUUCUUGACCCAAAGCCCAGCAGCUGCUCUCUCCUUCUUCUUCAAUGGCGGCCGCCGCUACAGCCCUCACUUCAUCUCUCUCCUCCAAGACCUCUCUCUUGGACCAGACCUCCUCCUUCUAUGGCAUCCCCAUUUCAACCCCUUCUCGCCUCCAACCCCUCAAGUCUGCCCUGCAAAACCACUCCAUCUCCGCCUCGGCGGCAUCCUCUCCGCCUUACAAUCUCAGGUCAUUCAAGUUUCAGCCCAUCAAAGAAUCCAUCGUUUCCCGGGAGAUGACCCGCCGGUACAUGAUGGAUAUGAUCGUCCACGCUGACACGGACGUCGUCAUCGUCGGCGCCGGCUCUGCUGGGCUCUCCUGUGCCUACGAGCUCAGCAAGAAUCCCUCCGUACAGGUGGCGAUCAUUGAGCAAUCGGUGAGCCCCGGCGGCGGCGCGUGGCUUGGCGGUCAGCUCUUCUCCGCCAUGGUGGUUCGCAAGCCUGCGCACCACUUUCUCGACGAGCUCGGCAUCGAGUACGACGAGCAGGACAACUACGUGGUCAUCAAGCACGCGGCGCUGUUCACGUCCACCAUCAUGAGCAAGCUGCUGGCCAGACCGAACGUGAAGCUCUUCAACGCCGUCGCCGCCGAGGACCUGAUCGUGAAGGGCGGGAGAGUAAGUGGCGUGGUCACGAACUGGGCGUUGGUGUCGAUGAACCACGACACGCAGUCGUGCAUGGACCCCAAUAUCAUGGAGGCGAAGGUGGUGGUGAGCUCAUGCGGGCACGACGGGCCGUUCGGCGCUACGGGGGUGAAGCGGCUGAAGAGCAUCGGGAUGAUCGAGAGCGUGCCGGGGAUGAAGGCCCUGGACAUGAACACCGCCGAGGACGCGAUCGUGGGGCUGACGAGGGAGAUUGUGCCGGGGAUGAUCGUCACCGGCAUGGAAGUUGCAGAGAUUGAUGGAGCCCCGAGAAUGGGGCCAACAUUUGGGGCGAUGAUGGUAUCAGGGCAGAAGGCGGCUCACCUGGCGCUGAAGGCACUGGGGCUUCCGAACGCUCUGGACGGAACAUUCGUCGGGAACAUCCACCCUGAGCUGAUCCUGGCCUCCGCCGAUAACUCUGCGGCCGUUGAUGCUUGAGGCCUUCUAAAUGAGAAGAAUGAUGUCUUAUCUAAAGGAAGAGAGAGAGAUAGAUGAAGGGGUAGUGGGGUGCUCCCUUCUUCCUGUGUAUUUUCUGGGCAGACCUUUGACUUUUGUGGUGUGAUUGUGAAUAAUGAUGGCAGCGUUUGGUUUUUUUUUUGUGUGUGUGUGUGUGUGUGUUUUUUUUAAUUGAAUAAUGUUAUUAUCACUAGUUAUGGUGAAUGACGGUAAUGUAUCACUUUACGUGGACUAUAUUGUUGGCAUUGUAUAUUUUAAAAUAUAAAAAAUAAAAUUUGUUAAUUAAACA